AUGGCGUUGCAGCCAUUGAGAGCAUUCUCGGUGGGAGCUCAAGCAUCGCUUUCAACGGAAAAGGUGACGGACGAUUCUUCCAACAACAACAACAAAACACCUCAGAGCACCGUGACCUGUGUUUACCAGACCCACGUUGCUGGGUAUUGGCGUAACGUGACAAUUACGUGGGGGAAGAACCUCAUGAAUUCCAUCUCCCUCAACCUCAUCAUCAACAGCCUAGAAGGCGAGACAUCCUACAGUUUCAAGCUCGACCUCAAGCCCUGGCAUUUUUGGAGCAAAAGAGGGAGCAAAGGGUUCGAACUCGAAGGCAGCAACAUCGAAAUCCAUUGGGAUCUCCGGUCGGCCAAAUUCAUUGGGACCUGCCCGGAGCCGGCCGGUGACUACUACGUGGCCGUGGUGUGCGACGAGGAGAUCGUCCUGUUGCUAGGAAACUACAAGAACAAGGUGUACAAGAGGACCAAGGCAAAGCCGACUUUGGUGGAAGCGGUUCUGGUUUCCAAGAAGGAGAACGUCUUUGCCAAGAAGUCGUUCGCCACGAGGGCUAAGUUCGACGAGAAGAAGCAGCAGGAGCAUGACAUUAUCAUCGAGAGCUCCACGUCGGGGCUGAAAGACCCUGAAAUGUGGAUAAGCAUAGAUGGGCUGGUAAUGGUCCACGUCAAGAAUUUGCAGUGGAAAUUCAGAGGGAACCAAGUGGUGACGGUGAACAAGCAGCCGGUUCAGAUAUUUUGGGACGUCCAUGAUUGGUUGUUCAAUGGCGAAGGAGGAGGAGGAAGCAACAGCGCGGGUAGCCAGGGUUUGUUCACGUUUAAGCCAGGGGCGCCAGAUUUGGAAGAAGAUGAUGGCGGCGAUAGCCCUCACGGCAAUAGCGACGUCAGCGAUGGUACCUAUUUCUCCACCAAGAGUAACAACGGGGCAUCCUCCGAUUUUUGUCUUCUCCUAUUUGCUUGGAAAAUUGAAUAA